AUGAAUCCAGAACCGAGUCAACUCCAAUGCGCAGCUUGCGAGGAGCCUGAGCCGCCGUUCAUCCUCACCGUCAUCAAAGACAACGUUUUCCGGAGACUCUGCGCUGAUUGCUUGCUCAAGGAGCAUCGUGGCCUCUUCUGCCCUGUUUGUCUCGACGUCUACGUCGCCCGCCCUCCUCCAGACGCUGUUAACAUCUGCCUCCUUUGCUCUUCCACCACUCACCUCAACUGCUCAUCCUCCUCCUCCGACGAUCAUUUCUUCACUUGCCCGCCAUGCUUGGACCCUAACUUCUCCUUCUUCCCCAAGUCUCUUGACAACGACGGCUCAGGAACGGUUCUCGACUUACAAAAGGCCAAGGCUCUCGUCGCAGCGGCGGAGAUCGCGGUAGCUUCUGCCAAGAACGCGGCGGCUAAGUUAGAGGAAGAAGCUGUUAACAAGAGCAUCGAAUCUAAAGACGCCAAGGAGAAAGCUAAAGAAGCAUUGGAGUAUCUUGAGGACGUUAAAGACAAAGCUUCGGGGAAGAAGAUUAACCCUAGGAAGAGGAAGAACAGUGACCGCUGA